AUGCGGCGUACAGUAAGCUCAGUCUGGUUCCUUAACCUCUCGGUAGCAGACCUUCUCUGCUGCCUGUCUUUGCCUGUUCUGGCUGUGUCCCUUGGCUCUGAGAAUCGUUGGGUCCUGGGAGAUUUUGCCUGCAAGUUCUUGCCCUCUAUCAUCAUCCUCAACAUGUUUGCCAGCAUUCUGCUGCUGGCCCUGAUAAGCAUGGAUCGGUGUGCCCUUGUGGUGAAGCCCGUCUGGUGCCAGAAUCACCGUUCGACCCACUUAGCCUGGAAACUGUGUGGUGCGGCCUGGGUUUUUGCCACUUUCCUCACUCUGCCCUCCUUUGUGACCAGAAGAACACAAUACUACGAGCUUCAUCAUCUGACGAUCUGUGUGGUCGACUAUGGCCUCUUUGGUGUAAAUCACCAAAUUGCUGAGGUCUCUGUGGCGGUCACGCGCUUCCUCACUGGCUUCCUGAUCCCUUCGGUAGCCCUCAGCCUCUUCUACGGGCUGCUGGUUCUGCGUGUGCGCAGCAGUCACUUCACACGCUCCAAGAGGACCCUGAAAAUGGUCCUGGUGGUCGUGGUGGUCUUUUUUGCCUGCUGGGCUCCUUAUCAUGGGAUUGGCCUGAUUCUGGCCAGUAAGACUCAGAGGAGCCCCCUCUUCCGUUCCCUGAACCAGCUGGACCCUCUGACUGUGGCUCUCGCCAGCACCAACAGCUGCAUCAACCCCAUCAUCUAUGUCAUUGCAGGCCAAGACUUCAAGGCUAAAAUCUGGCGCUCACUGAGUGCUGUGUUGCGCAACAUCCUGAAUGAGGAAUCUUCAACAACCCCGCCCCAGGCCAGAGGGGCCGCUCAGGGCCCUUGCACCACCACAGAGGAUCAGAGCACUAACACAACCCUGUAA